CGUCUAGACCACCGACCACCACCACUACUACUAACCUAUUACAAUGGACGCACUCAAGGCUGAAAUUGCCUUAAAACGAAAAGGACUGCAGGAUGGCUCUUCUGAACGACCGACAAAGUAUAUGCGUCGUGGUGACCUGGAACGAAUGAAGGAGGAACAGGAACGCAAAGAGCGAGAAUCGGCGGAGGCAAAAGAACGAGCGGCCAUGGAAGAAGCAGAAGCAAAGGCCGUAGCGGCAAGGGCAGCGAAAGUGAAACAGGCUAGUGCCAGGUCGUCCAAUUCACCUCAUCCCAGUUCGCUAUCGCGCGACACCGACUCACCUAAACCCGAAUCGUCAUUCAAUAUCUCUGUAGAAGAAACUAUACGUCGACUAAGAGCCAAGGGCCAGCCAAUACGGCUGUUUGCCGAAUCGGACAAGGACCGACGACUCCGGUUACGAGCACUGGAGUUGAUUGAGGAAAAGGGCCAUGACCGACAAGGCGGCCAGAAUGAUUUCAAGAAGGCCCUCGAGGAUGUUGAAAAUGUGGAGAGAGAGAUGAACAGUAAGGGAAUCCUCAACAAGGGCAAGAAGAAGGAAGAAUCUGAGCUUGCUUCCAACACUGUGCUUGACCUCGACCUUGUCAAGACAGAGCCAGAAAAGCUGUAUCCUAUCAUUUAUUAUGCUCUCAAACGAGUGCUGAAGGAGUGGGGAGAGGCAAUGGACGAACGACCAGACCACAUCAAGAGAACACACCAAGGAAAACUGGCUGCUGCGACCCAAGUCCAGUCCGCAGAGUAUCUCAAGCCUCUUUUCAAGCAGUUACGUUCCAGAUCUUUACCCUCGGACGUCCUGGCGCGCAUGGCUGAGAUCGUUCACCACAUGCAAAAGCGACAAUAUCAACGCGCAAACGACGCAUAUCUGCGCCUUUCUAUCGGUAAUGCACCCUGGCCUAUCGGUGUGACCAUGGUUGGUAUACACGAACGUUCUGCCCGAGAGAAGAUCUCAUCAGAUCAAGUUGCGCAUGUAUUGAACGAUGAAGUUAGUCGUAAAUAUAUUCAGAGUCUGAAACGACUUCUCACGUUCUCUCAGACCAAAUACCCGCCUGAGGACGUAUCUCAGUUGAUGGGAUAGUUUGCCCGAGUCUCCGCGGCUUUUCCUGCAUAAUAAUAAGGUUUAGUACGGAAUGAUUGUCAUUUGUAUUCUUCAUUUUGCGGGGAAUUACAUGGUGUUCUUGUCGUCGGGACAAC